CAAGGGGAAAUCAGUCCACGGGGACGUGGAGCUGCGGGUGGAGCAGGCCCAGUUUUCGGAGCUCUCCCUGGUGGCCUCCACCCACGGCGCCCUCAGCGUCACCAUCGACACCCCCCGAGGGGGGCCCAGUUUGCCCAGUUGGCACAGCUGCAGCGGGAACUGGGCCCCGAGGCCUUUCCCCUGGUCCCACAGCGCUUCUGCAACCGCCCGCGCGGACUGCUGACGGCCCCCACCUUCCCCAUGACGGUGACGCUCAGCCCCGCCCCCGCCGGGGUGGGCAAGGUGCGCGUGGGGACGCCGGAGGCGCUGGGGGUGGUGGCGGGGGCCAUGGGGGGGGCCCGGGCGGGGGCCCUGGUCCAGGGGAGCCUGGGGGGGACCCAGCGCCUGCGGGUGCAGCGGAUCGGGGAGGAGUACAGGGCCCUGCGGUGGCCGCUGGUGGCCGGGGACCCCCCGGGGGAGGGGGCUCAGGUGGAGCCGGUUGCCCUCAGCCCACGGCACCGCGGUUGGGUGGACGCCUGCGCCCGCCUCUUCGGGGGCGUCGACAUCUGCGGGGUGGAGGCGCUGCGGGGGCCCGACGGGCGGGAACACAUCGUCCAGGUUUUUGGUUCCUGGAUGCCACUGGUGGGUCCGGGGGCGGCUGAAGAUCAAGGUCGGAUCGUGGAGUUGGUCUUGGCGCGGAUGAGGGCGGAGCUGCCCCGCCCGAGGAGCCCCUCCCCCGCACGGCCGCGCCCACAGGUGUCGGUGACGUCGGGGUCCACCCGGCCGGGGACCCCCCCGCAGCAGCGACCCGCACCCCAGGGAGCUCCGCCGCCGUCUGGCCCCGCCCAGCCCCGCCCCCAGCCGCAGGGGCAGCCACGCCCACCGGGAGGCGGGGCCUCGCCACGCCCCGCCUCUCCCGGCCCCGCCCCACCGCGAGGCCCCGCCCAGCCCCGCCCACCGGGUCUGCAGCCCCGCCCCCAAGCCCCGCCCGCUUCCCUGCAGCCCCGCCCACAAGCUCCACCCACUGGGGCUCAGCCCCGCCCACAAGCCCCGCCCACCUCCCCGCAGCCCCGCCCACAAGCUCCGCCCACCUCCCUGCAGCCCCGCCCCCCAUUGGCUCCUUCAGUGGCCCAGCCCCGCCCUCCCGGGCCGCAGCCCCGCCCCCAGACUCCGCCUACUGCCGCACAACCCCGCCCAUCGGCCCCGCCCACCGCGCAGCCCCGCCCCCAAGCUCCGCCCACUGGGGUGCAGCACCGGGCUCAAGCCCCGCCCACCUCCCCGCAGCCCCGCCCCCAAGCCCCGCCCACCUCUCCGCAGCCCCGGGCUCAAGCUCCGCCCACCUCCCCGCAGCCCCGCCCCCAAGCCCCACCCACCUCCCCGCAGCCCCGCCCCCAAUCCCCUCAACCCCGCCCCCAUACCCCCCCCCUGCCGCUCAGCCCCGCCCCCCGGGGCCGCAGACCCCGCCCACCACGCGUCAGCCCCGCCCCCAAGCCCCGCCCCUCGCCCCUAAACCAAUCCUGGCACCCAAACCGGGCGGAGCCCAACCCCCCAGCCCCGCCCCCGAGCAGGGCGGGGCCGAGAGCAUCCGCUCCCUGCGGCAGAGCUUCGCCAGCCUCUUCGCCGACUGAGGCCGCCCGUCACGGAAAAGCCCCGCCCCCUCGUGAAGCCCCGCCCCUCCCGCGCCAAAUCCCCGCCCCCUCGCGAAGCUCCGCCUCACUCUUAGCCACGCCCCCUUCCCCAGCGCUUAAGCCACGCCCCCUGCCGCUCCGGGGGGGGAAGGGGCGGGGCAAUAAAACCCCAGAGCUGCUGCUGCUGCCGCGUCACUCUCUGGGGGCGGGGCCUAUCGAGGGGCGGGGCCUAUCGGGGCGGGGCCUAUCGGGGGCGGGUCCUAUCGAGCCUAUAGAGCGGGGAGGGGGGGAGCCUAUAGAGCCGGGGGGUUGGAGCCUAUGGAAUCGGGGCGGGGUAUGGAGCCUAUAG